UCUGCCGUCCUUGGCGGUCAUAUAUAUGCACAUAGACGGCAGAUAUCGCUCUGGCAAGUCACUCUCAGGGCAACGAGAAGAUUCUGGAGCGUGAAGCAAACAUCGGAAAUCAAGCGAUGAUGGACGGAUGAAGCGAAAUCGGAGAUGUAACUGACUUGCCGUGUCCCAAACUAACCGGCGCUGUGUAGUCGGAUGCAUUUUGCCAACGGACGAGCGGUCCGUCCGUUAGCCGUUAUCGCUUAGCCUGCUGCUUAGCUACGAUGCUUCAGUCGGACUUUAUUUUCUUUCACCUCGAAAACGUUUAACCUUCUGCGGCCACCGAGUCCGGAAGAUUUAAAUUUAUUUUUCGCCUCGGAGUUAAAAAAAGGAGGCCAAGAAAGUAUCGACCCGCACUUCGACGCAAGCAGAAAUAUCUGUGUCAGCGAAGAAGGUGAGCUGUUUGUGUUUGAGUGCUGACCAUUCCCAGACGAUGUCCACCAUGGUGUACCCGCGGGAAGAGGCUCUGGAGCGGCUCACUCAGGAUGAGAUUGUACUGAACACUAAGGCGGUGAUGCAGGGUCUGGAGACGCUGCGGGGGGAACACGCUCAGCUCCUCAACUCUCUGCUGGACUGCGCCCAGCCCCCUGCCGCUCAGGAGAAAUCUGGGCUGCUCCGUAAAAGCCUGGAGGCUAUCGAGCUUGGCCUGGGGGAGGCACAGGUGAUCAUCGCUCUGUCGGGUCAUCUGAGCGCUGUGGAAUCGGAGAAGCAGAAGCUGCGGGCGCAGGUGCGGCGGCUGUGCCAGGAGAACCAGUGGCUGCGGGACGAGCUGGCCAACACACAGCACAAGCUGCAGAAGAGUGAGCAGAAUGUGGCACAGCUGGAGGAGGAGAAGAAACACCUGGAGUUCAUGAACCAGAUCCGCAAGUUUGACGAUGACGGCUCGCCUUCAGAGGAGAAGCCUGGAGAGAAGGAGAAAGACAACCUAGAUGACCUGUUUCCCAACGACGAUGACCAGGGACCAGCCCAGCCGAGUGGUGAGGUGGCAGCACAGCAGGGAGGCUAUGAGAUCCCAGCCCGGCUCCGAACUCUGCACAACCUGGUGAUUCAGUAUGCCUCUCAGGGCCGAUAUGAAGUGGCUGUGCCACUCUGCAAGCAGGCUCUGGAAGACUUGGAGAAAACCUCUGGUCACGAUCACCCCGAUGUGGCCACCAUGCUCAACAUCCUUGCCCUCGUCUACAGGGAUCAGAAUAAGUACAAAGAGGCGGCUCACCUUCUGAACGAUGCUCUGGCUAUCCGGGAGAAGACCCUGGGGAAGGACCACCCUGCUGUGGCUGCCACCCUCAACAACCUGGCGGUGCUCUACGGCAAACGUGGCAAAUACAAGGAGGCUGAACCUCUUUGCAAGAGGGCGCUGGAGAUCAGGGAGAAGGUUCUGGGAAAGUACCACCCAGAUGUGGCUAAGCAGCUGAAUAACUUGGCACUGCUGUGUCAGAACCAGGGGAAGUAUGAGGAGGUGGAAUACUACUACCGCCGAGCCCUGGAGAUUUACGAGAGCAAGCUGGGGGCUGAUGACCCCAAUGUGGCCAAGACCAAGAACAACCUGGCAACAUGCUACUUGAAACAGGGCAAGUUUAAGGAUGCAGAGGCUCUGUACAAGGAGAUCCUGACCCGUGCGCAUGAGAAGCAGUUUGGCUCUGUAAACAAUGACAACAAGCCAAUCUGGAUGCAUGCAGAGGAGAGAGAAGAGAGCAAGGGUAAGAAGAAGGACUCUGGUCCCUAUGGCGAGUAUGGCAGCUGGUACAAAGCCUGCAAAGUAGACAGUCCUACAGUCACUAACACACUUAAGAGCCUGGGGGCGCUUUACCGCAGACAGGGCAAGCUGGAAGCUGCUGAGACUCUUGAAGAGUGCGCUACAAAGAAUCGGAAACAGGGUAUAGAUGCAAUUAACCAGAGUAAAGUGGUGGAAUUGCUGAAGGAUGGCGUUGCUGGCGGAGACAGACGACAGAACCGAGAUGGCUUGAAUGGUCCUGGUGGUCCACGAGGGGACUCUGAGGCAGAUGAGGCUGAAUGGAAUGGGGAUGGCAAUGGGUCUCUGCGUCGGAGCGGCUCCUUCGGGAAGAUCCGAGACGCUCUGAGGCGCAGCAGUGAGAUGCUGGUGAAGAAACUGCAGGGAAGCGGCUCACAGGAGCCACGCAACCCAGGGAUGAAGAGAGCAAGUUCUCUGAACUUCCUCAACAAGAGUGCAGAGGAGACCUCACAGGAGGCAAACAGUGGCCUAUCAGAAUGUAGAGGCCUGAGCGCUAGCAACGUUGACCUUUCAAGACGCAGCUCCCUGAUUGGCUAGAGAGUGAGGCUGGUGUUGGGCUAUGAAAAGGGGGCGGACCUAAGAGGAGAGGCUGAUUGCCUUGUGGAAUUGAAUCACAACAUUUCAUCACUAAGUCAUUCUUGUUCGGAACAUUUUCAUAAGGAAAACAUGUUAAGAGCAAAAAUAUGUCUUUCAUUUGACACGGCUCAGUAGUACCAAGUAGCUGUCCCGCUUUGCUGUAAAAUUAUGCUAACAUCAAAUUAUUAACACUCAAAAACAGAUAGAGGACCAUUUUUCUGCACAUAGAUUAAGCCUGGAGCUGCACUGCUGAUGGGUCAUGUCUAUAAAAUAAAUUCUUUCAGUGCUAGACCAGGCUUCGAUCUGUGUCCUGGAAAACAAGCCACAUAGUUGAUGCAAUACAGCAUGCUGCUUUCAACACUGGACGUCUGUCUGCAUCGGAGACACCUAGUAGCCUCACAGAGUCGUGGCAUAUUUUAAAAAAGAAAAACGAACAAAAAAUAAAAGGUAGACUAGCAUAUCAUACAACAAUGAAUCGUACAAGAAGCAUACUGUAUGUAAUUUUACCUUAAUUAUCUGAGCUCAGAUAUGCUAUUUAGAGAGGAAAAAGAAACCUAAAUAUGUUGCGUGUGUGCACUAGUAGCAUGAAUGCCGUGAAUGCUAACUCCACACACAAAUCACAAUGGUAGUGGUACGAAAGCUCUUACUUUCAUCACAGACACACAAAAGAAUUGACUUAACUGAAGAGCAAGA